GAAUUUCUGGGGUUGUGAGUGAGCAUCACCGAUCGGACUCCAGAUUCUGUCUGACUCGAAGCGAACGCUCCAUCAUUUGCAAAGUCACCCGCAAUGACGAUCAAUUGAUCGGUAUGGAGCUCGUCCGUGCUCACAGAUCCGAUUUGUUCAAUAGCUCCCGUAUCGCGACUCGAUAAGCUCUCUCCAUGAAGCUCUCGCGCCAGCAACCUCUGCAGACACUGGGCAGCUUCUAUCGCGUUGAGCGGGUCUCAAUGAUCAAUCGCCUUUCAUCAUACAAGAACUGACUUUCUACAGACAAGAUUGCGCCCAGCAGUGGAUGCGAUCUUGGGCAAUGAGCGCGCAUUUCUUUUAAAUGCUUCGGCGGCCUGACUUGGGAGCUCUCUGAGCAUAUCGCCAACUCCCUACAUCACCGACCUUGCUGGACCCCUCGAACGCGGCGCCAUUCACGAUGCCGAAAAGCCACGACCAUCCAAGUAUCACGAUCUUAUCUCCCCAUCAAGGUUGUGAGAUCCCGAUCAUGGCCACCCCACGCCGUUGCUGAAGCAGCGCUCACCCCGUGGCCACGAGGCGCCUUCUCCAUGAAUAAGUGUCAGGCUGGGUGUGUACCGUUAUGCUGGGUUCUGAAGCCAUUGACCAGCAGACUGGGAGGCAUACGUAGUGCGAGCAGACCGACCUCGGGCUGGGCCGUGUCAACGGUUAUUGUUGACGAGUGUCAAUGUUUAGAUACGAUCGCGAUGCAGUUGACUCGCGAGAUGAGGCUGCUUCGAGAUUCGCAAUUGAAGCCUUGCGGAUAUUUAAAAGAUGCAUUGACCAGAGGUUGUCACCAAGUGGUCUGAGUUGCACAAUCUGACCAUACCUCAAGAAGCAUACUAAAGACAAUCCGUCUAGAGAGAGAAUUGGAAGUCCAACCUCAAAAUGAAUCUCUUCGAACUCCGCAGACACAAAACUCCGCCAAUAUACCACCCACGAACCCCCUCGAAGCUUCAAUCUCCGUCAAUGCAACCCCUCCAUACAACCUAAUACGAAAACUUCUGUCCGCAGGACGUAAAACAAUAGAACAUAAUCGAAUGGCAUGAAUGUAACGAGCUGAAUAAUAACAUCCCAGCGUUUAAUAACAAACUUUGAAUGUUACGCCGUAUAUAGAAAUACCUCCAUAAAUAAACGGCUUCCAGAACCUUUCUGGUCUUUCUUCCGACUCAUGAGCCGAGGCAUCUCCACUAGACUCUUAACAAUUUUUUAUUUUUUCGCCGCUUUGUAAAAGACGUCAUUGAUACUUAUAUCAUGAUGCGUACGUUGCAUGCCAUUGACUUUUGUUUCAUGUGAUUUCAUCAUUCAUAAUUGUAUAUUACUCCAUUAUCAGCUUUGUCCUCAAUUGCCUUCAACGUAUCCUAACACGACGAACCUCCCAACACCAUAACGCAACAUCAACAGCUCCUCACAAUGGCCGAAAUGCAAGCAUGGCAAGUCGCCCAUCCAGGCCCAAUGGAAAAAGUCUUCCACCUCACCACAAUCCCCAAACCAACAACCCUCAAGUCCGGCCAGAUCCUCGUCAAAGUCUCCCGCGCAGCCCUCAACCCCGCCGACUACAAGGUCUGCGAGCUCGGCGUCGCAUCGCGCCUUAUAACCUCCUUCCCCAAGAUUCCAGGCAUGGAUCUCAGCGGCCACGUAGUCUCCGUCGCAGAAGACGUGACCGAUGCGAAAGAAGGAGAUUUCGUACUCGCUAGAGCGUCGCCGACAAAGGCUUGGGGGUCGCUGGCGGAGUAUACGGUUUGCGACAGGGAGGGGUAUACUGUUAUUCCGGAGAGCUUGGAUCUGGAUCAGGCUGCUGGUGUGGGAACCGCGGGGUUGACGGCGUAUCAGACUAUUGCGCCGUAUGUCAAGAGUGGUGAUAAGGUGUUUUUGAAUGGUGGCUCGGGUGGUGUUGGACUGUGGGGUAUUCAGAUUGCCAAGGCGUUGGGAUGCUCUGUUACAGUGUCGUGCUCAACGGGCAAAGCAGAUCUGUGUAGAAGCUUAGGCGCGGACGAUAUCAUCGACUACAAAACCAGCGACGUUAUCGCCGAGCUCAAGAAGCGCGGUCAAGUCUUCAGCCACUGCGUCGACAAUGUCGGCGACGCACCUCCCAACCUGUACGCUUCAUCAAACGACUUUCUCCUCCCCGGCAGCAGCUUCGUCUUUGUAGGCGGGCACGUCUCAGCCAAGAGUGUUCUCAGCUUAACGACAAACCUUGUACGACCCUCCUUUCUGGGCGGUGUAAAGGCAAAGUUCGUUACGUACGCUACUGCGAACAAGAAGAAGGAUCUAGAUCAGUUGAGGGAUUGGUUGGUGGAGGGCAAAGUCAAGACUGUGAUUGAUUCGACGUUUGGGUUUAAGGAGGCGGUCAAGGCUUUUGAGCAUUUGAAGAAGGGGUCCAGUGGUGGUAAGGUUAUGAUUCAUGUUGAGUAAGGAUGGGAAUUGUGAUACCAUGGGUGGCGUUUUGCCAUUAGAUGUAGACUAUGUUACAGUAAUGUACUUGUUUGCUUGCGA